AUGGGUAGUAAGGAAGAAGCCAACCGGUCGGUGAGAACCUACUUCAUCCUCGUGGGCUUUCGGGUCAGCCCAGAACUCCAGAUCUUCCUCUUCCUAGCGUUCCUGGUGGUCUACUGUUUGGUGCUGGUGGGGAACGUCGGCAUGAUAGCCGUGAUCCAAGGGGGCUUCCAGCUUCAUACCCCUGUGUACUUCUUCCUCCAAGAUCUGUCCUUCACUGACCUCUCUUACACCUCCACCAUCGCCCCCAAGGCACUGGCCAGCUUCUGGAAACAGGGUAAGUCCAUUUCUUUUGCUGGCUGUGCUGCUCAUUUCUUGCAAUUCACUACCUACAACAGACUGGCCCCUAUCUGCUUGCCACUCCUCUACCCCUCCCGCAUGUCUUGGUCCCUCUGCGUCAGACAAGUGGUUGACUCGUAUGCCUGUGGCUGUAUCAGCUCCACUCUUCAGUCUACCAUGACAUUCUCCGUGACCUUCUGCAUCUCACAGGUCAUCGAACACUUCUACUGCGAUGCCCAGCCACUCCGCUGGACCACGUGCUCCGACACCUCCGUCCAGGAGGUCAUGUCUUUUGUUCUGUCCGCAGUCAUCAUCUUGCCCACUGUCCUGGUUAAUCUGGGCUCUUUCAUCUGCAUUGGCUCUGCCAUCCUGAAGAUCCACUCCUCUGAGGGAGACAAGAAAGCUGUCUCUUCCUGUGGCUCUCAUAUGGACAUCGUGAGCCUCCUUUAUGGAACCGUGGCUUUCGUUUACCUCACCCCACCUUCAUCCCCUGAGUAUCACAAGGUGGCUGCCAUGUACUACACCCUCAUCACUCCCAUGCUGAACACCAUGAUUUAUUCUCUGAGGAACAAAGAUGCCAAGGAGGCCUUGAGAAGGAUCCUGGAAAAGAAAAUGGCUUCUCUCUGA